GUCUUCUUUUUUCUUAUUUUCAUUGCACAGCCCCUGUCCUUGUAGGGUUUAGGAAGAUUUAGAGAUGUGGAGAUCAAUAGCAGCAAGAGCAACCCGGGUAGCACGAAACUUCCAUGCUGCCAACAAGGUGCAAUCUACUAUAUUUUUUCCUCGUUCUUCUUCAAAACUUUCUCUUUAUCAAAUCCCUAGGGCUUUUUCACAAUUACCUGUAACUGACCCUAGUGAUGAGACUGACCUUUCCUCACCUAGUUUUACUCAAAACGAAUACUCUCAAAUGGAUCCUCCUGUUGAAAAUAGUGAUAUAGUGGAAAAUGAUGAUACCCAGAUUGAUAAUUCGAUGCUUUUUAGUGAAAAUGAUAGUGCCCAGUUGGAUAAUUUUUCGGCCGAGGAAGGCGAAGGGGAGCCGGAGGUAUAUGAGACUGACAUGGAAAAAUUAGAGAAGGUAUUGUCACUAUUAAAGAGUAAUGUUGAUGAUUCGGUGGAGUCCAUUCUUGAGAGUUUUGAUUUGAAUUUACAUGAAGAGUUUGUGGUUAAAGUACUUGAAACCCCAGAAGUUUUGUGUGAGAAUUUAAUUGGGUUUUUUAAGUGGGUUAUGAAGCAGCCGGAUUUUAAGGUUACAACGGGUGUUGUUGAUGCGCUUGUAAGAGCUGUCUGUGGCAGUGUGAGGAAAGAAAUUGCAUAUGCUUUGUGGGAUUUGGUUAAGGAGAUUGGCCAGAAGAAGAAUGGUUUGCUGAAUGUGGAGAGUCUCAAUGAAUUGAUAGCUUUGUUAUCCAAGUUGGGAAAAGGAAAAGCAGCUUUUGAAGUGUUUAACAAGUUUGGGGAUUUUGGAUGUGAUGCAAAUGAAGAGACAUAUUAUUUAACUAUGGAAGCUCUCUGUAAGCGCUCAUUUUUUGAUUGGGCUUGGUCUGUUUGUGAGAAAAUGAUAGAUACAGGAAGGUUGCCUGAUACUGAGAAAGUUGGAAAGAUAAUUUCUUGGCUUUGUAAAGGAAGUAAGGCAAAGGAGGCACAUUUGGUUUAUAUGUUGGCUAAGGAGAAAAACAAAUGCCCACCUCAGUCUUCUUCUUCUGUCUAUUCCUUGAUCAGUUCCCUUUGUAAGAAAGACGAAACAGUGAAUUUAGCUUUGAGGAUACUGGAUGAUUUCUCAGGUGAGGCUCGGAAGUAUGGGAUCAAGCCAUUUUCAUCUGUUAUUCGCAGUUUAUGUAGGAUGAAAGAUGUUGAUGGGGCUAAAAUAUUGCUUUCUAAGAUGAUUUCUGAUGGUCCACCUCCUGGAAAUGUGGUGUUCAAUUCAAUUAUCAACGGCUAUUCUAAAGCUGGAGAUAUGAAACAGGCAAUGGAGAUGAUGAAGAUGAUGGAAAGCAGGGGAUUAAAACCAGAUGUGUUUACUUAUACAGUUAUUAUGAGUGGUUAUGCAAAUGGUGGUCAGAUGAAGGAGGCUUGUGAAAUCUUGUCUGAAGCAAAAAUGAAGCAUUCUAGGCUGAGCCCAGUGACUUACCACACACUUAUACGCGGUUACUGCAAACUAGAAGAGUUUGACAAUGCUUUGAAGUUGCUGAAUGAGAUGAAGGAUGCUGGUGUCCAACCUAAUGUUGAUGAGUACAAUAAGUUAAUCCAGUCUCUUUGUCUAAAGGCCGUAGAUUGGAAAAGAGCAGAGAAGCUGUUAGAGGAGAUGAAAGCGAAAGGUUUGCAUCUCAAUGGUAUCACACGAGCUCUUAUAAGAGCAGUCAAAGAGCUGGAAGAGGAAGUGGAUGAUGGAGUAGCAAGAAUUGAAGCCUAAAUUAUUUUUGGUUUUUUUUUUUUUUUCAAAUCAAUUUAAUCAGAAGCAUGUCUUUAUUGUUACUUUUUGUGUUUUUCUUCCAAUAGAUAAUGCUCAAAAUGAGAUUCUGUCUUUCUUAAGCUUGUGCUCCAAUGUCACCUUGGAUGAAAUUUUUGUGACACACAGAUUAGUCCUUAGGGAUUCAUACUUCUUGAAACUUAGCUAACUGAUCCCACCGACCCCAAAUUUCUGCUUAACCGGGACUAGUCUAGGUGGGGGUCGGUUUAGAAAUAGUCAUCAUCAGAAUGGUUUGAACCACAAGAUUUUGUUAUAUUCUAUUGUAACCAUUUUAUAGUGACUUGGUUUAGUGAUCAGAUGUAUUGUUCUUCUGUUUGUUUUCUUUGUUUCUAUAAUAAGUCUAAGGAUCCUUAAAUAUGAACAUCAAAAGUUGCUAUCCUUAUAUUGCACUUUCACAA